CAUUUCUUAUCUAUGCAGGACGGCCGAAUAUUCUUUCUGACCGAUUUGUUUUUGGAUAUAGCCACUGAACUUUAUACCGGAUCGUGCACAACGAAGCAAUCAGAUUCUGGUUGAACGAGAUUGACAAUGACAAAUAACUUGUGGAAAACCAACAACUAUUUUUAGUAACGGUCGUAGUUCACUACUUUCAGCGAGAAAGAUUAACAGAUAACAAUAUUAUAUCCAACUUGAUAUCUUUAGGAUAGCAUGGAUAAGGUGGAGGUUUUGAAGCAAUGUACUGCUUCCUUAAAUGUCAUCAGUAAAGAUGAGCUUUAUUCUGUUUGUCCAAGGAAGGAAAGCAACGAGGAAACUAUACAGUCAUGGUUGGACCUGAUGAUGCCAUCUAAUAUGAGGGACCAACUUCGUGCAGCACUGGCACAAGAGUUAUGUUUUAUGUCCAAUAAUAUUCUUUCUGAACAUUUUGUUGUUAAGAACAGACACCUCAAAAAUCAUGAUCACCUAACUAUUCUAUAUAGUAUUUUGGUGUUUGCAUUAGAAUGGGACUGCUUUGAAAUAGCAUCAGCAAUUAUAUUUCUAGUAGAUCGAGCUGCUUACAGAUAUGGAAACUGUAACCAAAUUAUGAAAAUGGUUGAUUUGAUCCUGCAGCUUCAACCUGAUACACACACUGCACCACAAGUAAUAUUACGUAAAGCACGUUUAAUGAAAGACUCAGGAGAUUUACAUGGUGCUAUGCAAAUUCUUAAUGGACUGAUCAAAAAAGAAUUUAGGUGGGAUUACAAGACUGAAAAACAGUAUGUUAAUGUGAAAGCUGUGUGUGUUCAAAUUAAAGGACAAAUAUACCAUAAUUUAGGUUUAUGGAAGGAAGCGAUAGAGUAUUUGGUGGAAUCCACAUCUUGCAUGAAGUCCAUUGAAGAUUAUAAGGGAGUCAGCUCUUCGCAAGCCUUACUAACUAAAUGCUUGGCAAAGUUAACAAUGGAAGAUUUUAUGGCUAUGAAAAUGAAAUAUUCACUGUUCUUUAAUUCCAAUAAUCCAUGUUUUGAAGGUUACAAAUUAAGUUUGGAAGGUGUCGAAAUUCUCAAUAAGCUGAAUAAUGUUGACAAUUUGUUUUCAGCAAAACAUCAGUUAGCUGGAAAUGAGUGUUUAUUGAUGUUUGCUAACCAACAGAAGACUGUACUUCAGCAGCAUGACUUAUUUCAUACAAUUAUAGCUAACUUGAAAAUAUGCUUGGCCCUCCACCAUGAUGCCAAUUUACUAAAAGGAGUGGAGAGUUUCUAUGCAUUCAACAAAUGUGUAUUUGUGAUAAGUCAAGUUCUGUCAUUCUCAAGGCUUCCACAAGAUAGAUGUUUAUCUCAAUACCUUGAACAUCUUAGCAUAGAAUUAUAUGCUCACUUGUGUUCUUGUCCAGAUGAUCGUAACCUUGAUCACAAUGAAUAUUCCAUAAAAUUAAUGAAUGGUGUUUUAAAAAUUCUUGGUCUUCCCAAUCUGAAAGGUACAGAAAGUUUCAUUAAAAAGGAAAAGCUACUUCCAGAUUUAUCGGCAAAGAAACAUAAGUUUCUCAUUCCGGAUUCAUCUCAAAUUCAACCAUCUAAAACAGAACCAUCACAAGGGGAAAUACUGCCAAAGGCAAAUUCAUCAUCAAAACUGACUUCCUCAACGGUUCCUUGUAAUGGAAAGCAUGGUAUCAAAUUAUUUCAACCAAAGUUUCCUAGGAAAUAUGUUGGCCUUAAUGUGAAUCCACAAACAUUUUAUUCUUCAGAGGAAUCAAAAAGUAGAAAUGAUGAUUCUGACAACAACAUAAAUGAGCAGGUUUUAUCAAGCCUUGUAGAUAUUUCAUGGGAAGCUGUGUCACGAGGAAGCGAAAAUGACCAACCAAGUGUAGAAAAUUUUAGUAUUGUCGAAAAUCAAAAAGAUCCACCAGAAGAAGCUGAAAUGCAGUCGGUAAAUCGUUCAGCAGCAUGUUCAACCUCCCUUGUUGAUCCUGCUACAUUUGGAAGUUCGUCAGAUUUAUCAGCUUCAGAUAAUUCUUCAUCUAUUUUCUCAGCAUCCACAACAAGUUUGUUUUCGCAAGAAACAACAGAAAGUGAUGAUACCCACGAGGAUAAGAUAGGAGCAUUAAUAGAUGUAAACACACCAGAAGUACAUGAACAGUUUGCAGAGCUACAAAUUGGAGAGAGUUCUGCUUCCACUUCAAGUUCUAUAGAAUAUCUAUUAAACUGGAAACUACCAACCAUAGAAGAAUCAAGUCAAUCAUCUUAUGUAUCAAGGGCUCACAUAUUAACAUAUAACCCUGUUAAUAAUAAAUGGCAAUCAAACAGCACAUUGGCUUUCAUUGGAGAAGAAUUACAGCUAGAGAAGAAAGGCAGUUUUCGUGAUGUGUUUGAGGUUAAAUUCUUGCACCAAGAUGAACCCCUAGGAAGAUAUGUUUGUAAAAGAUAUAGACGUCAAAAAGAUACUAUCUGUUAUAUGCAAGAUAUCAUUUGUCAAAUGGUAGCUGGAUAUUACGUCACCAAAUUCAAUGAAGCCUUAGCUAACCACAGUACUAAAUUCAGUGUACAAUUUCUGCCUGUAGCACAUCUUCAACUUCUGACUGCCGAAGGAGUUCUCAAAGACUGGGUUAAUGUUGAGCCAUUUUUACAUGGUCAAUUCACAAAGUUAACCAAUAAUUGGAGUUAUGUUAAUAAUACAGAUGUGGAUUUUGAAUCCAAGGAUCUAGCCACAGCUCUUUCUCACUUUUCAUAUGUGAAGUCGAAAGGGGCAUUAAUGAUAGUUGAUAUACAAGGUUGGUUGCCCGUCGAUAAUAGUGGCAUUAUAUAUCUGACAGAUCCACAGUUUCAUACAUCCUGUAAUUUCAAGAAAUUUAGUAGCUGUGAUCAUAAAGAAAGGGGAAUGGAGAAGUUUUGGAAGGAAGUGCACCAAAAGUGCAAUAGUAUAUGUCAUUUACUGAAUUUAGAAAGACCAAACUGACCCCAUGGCAAUCUUUUUUCCUCAAUGUGGAAUGAUUUGUAAGAAGAAAGACCAUUGUAGCACUUAAAAACUUUACGCUUUCGACAUUGAUGUACAUUGUCGGUGAAGUGUCAAAAGGGUGUAUAUAAGAAUUUCUAAAGAUUAAGAAAUAGAACCUUUUGCAUUACAAAAUUUCCACAAAUCAAGAUACAACAUUUGGACACAUGAUACCCAGAACAGUUCUAAUUGGCUUACAGAUAUACAGCUUAGACAGAAAUGUUCAUAUUAAUUGGGAGAUUUUAAAAAUGCAAAAAAGUGUAUUUGACAAAUUUCACGAGAUACACCCUUUUAACACUUCACCGACGACAUGUGUCUCUAGGCAUCACUCAUAAACACCUGCUAUGGUACCAAUAAAUAUUUUCAGGAUACCUACUGCUAAAGGCCCAUUCUCACGGUGCGACUUGUAGUAACUACUUGUAGUAUCGACCCGAGAUGCAGCGUGAGAACACCCUAGUCAUACCAACUUUUACAAGCUCCCAACCAGUUGAAAGCGAGUUGAGUGAAAUAGAAACUUCCCUAUUUCAGUCAACAGAUCGUAUUAAAUUGACCAAUCAGAGACGUCGAGUAUUAGUACAAACACAAGUUCUCUCCCUUUGUUGUUGGUAAACUUGUACGCGAAGCGCACCCAUCAAGAGCCGCUCAGCAAAGCUGAGACAGAGAAUUUUGUCAAUUAUUACCUCUCACAACCUUGCUUAUGGGAUGUGAGUAAUGAGACUUAUUCCAAGAGAGACGUGUGGCAGGCUGCAUUGGCGAUGAUCGCCAUUCAGAUGCAGGAGAGCUGCGGCCGAGCGAUGUAGGGCAAUAAUAGCCAGCGUCUCUUCGUCGCUUGAUGACGCCAUUAUGCUAAACAAGACUAGAUUAUCGCGAGAUUCCAAGUCGUAUCAACUCAUUUAUAUACGAUUUUGUAAUCUACAUGUAGAUACUACAUGUAGAUACUACAAGACGCACCGUGAGAACGGGCCUUAAGCCACAUGCACAUAGACCAAAUGUGUCUGUUACAUGAUGUAAUUAUGAUUAAAAUAUGUGUCAUCAAUUC